AUGAUAUGUGGUAGACGAUUAUUUUCUUCGUGUGCAAAAUUGUAUGCAGAGUUGCCCAGUUUUGAGAAUAUAGCACAUAAAUUUGAGUUCAAGAAGGGUUCGAAAACCAUUAAGGAACUGUCGAGUGUUGAUAUCGAUGAGACAGUGGUAAUUAACGGUUGGAUUGACAAGAAACCAAAGCAUAUGGGUAAAAAUUUGAUAUUUUGCUCCUUACGUGAUAUAAAUGGUGAUACUAUUCAAUUGGUAGAUACAAAAAGAAUAUUAAAGAAUGCAACUGUCGAAGAUGUCGUGCAGGCUGAAGGGAAGGUGAAAGCUAAAAUCAAUAAACUCGGGGCAGAUGGACAAGGGUCAGUGCAAGGACCGAAAGAAAUAAGUAUUGACCUUAUAAGGACGUUGAAUAAAUCGAAUGAAAAGCCUACUCAAUUGCUUGAUCUGAAAUCAAAAGAAAAAUAUCCACCAGAGUAUAGGUAUCUACAGCUACGACUACCAAAAUAUCACAACAUUUUGAGAAAAAGGUACGACAUUUUAACAAAUAUAAGAGCAAUUUUGAAUGAAAAGAAUUUUAUGGAAGUAGCAACGCCAGUGUUAUUUAAGUCAACUCCAGAAGGUGCUCGUGAAUUUUUGGUUCCAACAAGAAAAACAAGUACAGAUGAUGUCUCGCCGUUGUUUUAUGCCUUGCCUCAGAGCCCUCAGCAAUAUAAACAAUUGCUCAUGUCCAGCGGCAUACAAAAUUACUUCCAGGUAGCAAAAUGUUUUAGAGAUGAAGACUUGAGAGCCGAUAGACAGCCUGAAUUUACGCAGAUUGAUAUGGAAAUGGCAUUUUCAACUAAAACUGAAGUGAUAGAAACUGUAAAUAAUCUUGUUACACAAAGUUGGCAUAAAUUUUCUUCAAAACAAAAACUAUUAACAAUGAGUGACUCUGGUAAAUUAGUUCCAGUGAACCAAGAACAAAGUAUUAAUAAAAUAACAUACCAGAAAGCUAUGGAAUUAUACGGUAUUGAUAAACCGGAUUUGAGAUUUCCAGAAUUAAAAAUUACAAAUUUGAGUGAUUUCAAUGUACAUGGCAUCGAAAACUCUGAUUUUCCUGUGUUUGAAGUCAUUGUGAUUAGAGGAGCAUUCAGUACAAACGAAGAUUUGAGAAGAAGAUGGUCAUUCUUAGGAGAUAAGUCGAAUUAUAAUUAUAGAACCCCUAUAGUAGUGCCUUUAGAAUCUGAUGAAGCAAUAUUAAAUUGGCAUGAGAAGUUUUUAGAAAUAGCUUCAUUUGAAAACCCGAAAAUUAUAAACAAAUAUUUGAAAUUAAGAAAAGGUGAUAUUAUUUGUGGUAGCACAAGAGAACCAAAUUCGUCAAUAUUCGAAAACCCAACUCCCUUAGGUAGACUAAGGCAAUUGCUUUUGGAGAACAAAGAAAUCACUUCGUUUUUAAAUGUAGAAAGCAAUGAUGCUGCUAUUUGGGUAGUUGAUUUCCCAUUGUUUUCACCAGUGGAAGUCGAUAGCCCUUCAAGUGAAAAACCAAAGUACCCAAUUUACGAGAAGAAUAAAUUUACUUCUACACAUCAUCCGUUCACAAUGGUGAACUUAGAAGAUUACAAUAAACUGAGCAGCAAGCCUUUAGACUGUAGAGGCCUCCAUUAUGAUCUAGUCAUGAACGGUGUUGAACUUGGAGGUGGGUCCACAAGAGUACAUGAUCCAGUGUUGCAAAACUACAUCUUCGAAAACAUUUUAAAUAUUCAGAAUUCAAAGGAACUAUUCGGUCAUCUUCUGAAUGCAUUUGAAAUGGGCACGCCACCUCACUCGGGUUUUGCCAUUGGAUUUGACAGAAUGUGUGCCAUGUUAUGCGACACCACCAGCAUAAGAGACGUGAUUGCAUUCCCAAAAUCAGCUUCAGGUGUUGACUUAGUAGUAGACAGUCCUAGCAAAGUCUCACAAACUAAUCUAAAAGAGUAUAAUUUAUCAUAUUCAAAUCACCAACAACAAACAAGCAAAUAA